AUGGCUGGUCCUGGUGGUGGUCCGCCUCGCAAGAGCCACACCAAGUCUCGUUUUGGUUGCAAGACAUGCAAGAGACGUCACAUUCGCUGCGAUGAAACCUUUCCUCAAUGCCGCAACUGCACCAAGCACAACUGUCGCUGUGACUAUAUGGAUGUCGCGGCGGUGCACGAGGAGGCCUCCUCGAUCCGCAACGUUCCCGACCUCCUCAUGUCAGCAGAAAUCGAGGCAGAGAUCAAGAACUGGCACGUCACGGGCGUGCCUCCAUUCCCCGAGUUGAUGCACUUCCCUCGCAAUAGCUGGAGUAAGCUAUCACGGACCGACCUGCGGCUGGUCCACCACAUCAUCGGCCUCUCCAUCGAUCUCCACCGUCGUGGGCUCGGUAACUGCACCAUUUGGGCUCAAAAGAUGCCAACCUUCCUCACCAUUGCCCUCUCCAAUGACUUCGUCAUGAGCUCCAUCUUGACCAUGGCAGCUUCUCACUUGGCAUGGAUCACUCGCAAUCAAGAGACCAAACAGCUGGCAUAUCACCAUCGAGGGAUUGCCAUCCAAAGACUCCAUAAGGCGAUCGGCACAUUCUCCCAAGACAACUGUGAUGCGAUCCUUGCUUCCUCCAUUCUCCUGUCCUGGCAGGCUUCGGAAUGGCAGAGUUGGGCCUCAUUGCAGCAGGGUCUGACUACAGUCUUGAACUCGAUGCAUCCCAGUUGGAAACAUGAGUCAGAGCUGGCUAUGUAUUUGGAGAACCAGAGAUACCUGGGCUGCACGAACACGCCAGUCAUGUCUGGCUACCAGUUCCAGGACGAGGAUCUGGCUAGCCUCGACCAAGUCAUGGUAGCACUGCAGGCAAUCCAGAAGCGGACUUCGCACAACCACGAUCAUUAUCGUCGGAUUGGCGAGCUCCUCGAAUUUGUACGACACUUCCAGCGAGAUCUUCUCUCCCAGACACCCGAACAGGCUUUUGAGCGGAUGCAACCGCUCCGCCGGUGGCUGUUCUGGCUUCCACCGGCCAUGCUGCGGCCAGAAGACGCAGAUGUCGGUUCUCUUUCCAUCCUGGCGCAAUUCUUUGGCGUCGGAGUCGUUCUGGACAGCUUGUUCCCCGAUUUGGGAGGGGCUUAUCUAGGUCCACUGUCUCUGGGCCCGAUUGAGGAGAUCUACCGGCUCAUCGUCUCACGAAGCGCGACGGAUCCGUUUAACCCGGAGGUUCAGCUCGCGCUAUCGUUUAUGGACCUUCCUCGUCAUAUCGUUGCGAAAUACAAGAGCCGUCUACAAUGGUCUCCCCGCACCUCAAUCGACCACUAUUCGCCUGCCCCUCCCAGUCCCUACCACAAUGCCCACGACUACCGCCUCGCCUCCUCUUCUUCUCCGUCCUCAGCCUCCGCCACCUAUGCCCCCUACACUCCGCCCCUUCAGUCGCCCCCCGCCGUUACGAUCGCCAGUCCUCAAUUCGAUGUCACCGGGUCCUAUGUGACAGCUCCUCCUUCCUCUCAGGCUCUCUACCCUUCGUCGCCCGGGUUACUCUCCGAUCCACGCGAGGACUUGUCAGAUUACAGUCAUACCGGGUCGCUGCAGCACUCGCCCCUCUUCCCGCCUCCAUACAUGAAUGAUGUGGUCUGCGGGGAGCUGCCACGUGUGGAUGGAUCCGUAGGGCUGAAUAUGCAGUUCUACGAAGAACCCCACCCCGUGUUCGGGGCCUACCAUGUUCCAGAAGCAGGAUGGAAUGGCAGUGUGUGCACCUAG